GUAACCCCUGUUUUUGUCUUGAUAGCUUGCUUCAAGCCCUCCGCGGGCUGGAAAAGCCUACAGGUCAAGUGCUUUAUUCAGAAUCGGCUGGAGAUCUCAAUGGGAGAACUGCACCACGGUCUCCAACGUUUAAAUGAAAGAAUUGCUCGUACGCAGUGCCUACGGAAGCAUGAAGGAAUCGCUAUCAAGAUUGUAAAGAAAAUCUCCAGGCUCGACAGACGCAUUAAUGCUGUGAUAUCUUUCCAGAACACAAAGUUGUCCAGAAAAGUCAACCCCCCAGAGGCUCAAAGUAAACUAUCAAAUGGUGCCACGCUGCUUCCUAGCAUGGCAGACAGUAAGCCGGCACCACCGAAAAAACCAACAGCAACUGAAACCCUCUCUCCAACCACGGGAAGGUCGUCCGACGCUGAUGACUUCCCUCACGUUGAAGCGCCGAAGAAAAGCUCAGGGGUGCUUCCAGCAACAGCUCCAGUUCCUCCAGCGAAAGCAGCUGCUGGAAGCAGAGACUCUCCAGCUGAACAGAAUGUAUCGCUGAUUGACUCAAUCGAUGAAGGGAGCAAUACGAAUAAAGAAGGGAAGAAGAAAGUUGCAGAAAAGAGACCUUCGGCCCACGAAAGCUUGCUGGCGAAUCUUCUGCAGCCUGCGAGACAAUCCCCAAAUCAGGUGCCCUCAAGGUUUCCUCACCUCCCUCCAUUACCGAGCGUUGAGUCCAACCCAGAGCACGCGAAGGACUUCAGAGACACUCUGCCGCCACAGAAACUAAAGCUGGCAGUUGCUCAGGUUCACCAGCCCAAAGGCAUUGCCCUGCAGUGGGACGUCAGCCGAGCGGACCCCAGGUGUGCUCCCAUUGAAAGCUUUUCUUUGUUCAUCUGCCUGGAGGAUGCCGACAGUGGGGCGACCGGUGACUGGAGGACCAACAUCAUCAAGGCCCUGCCUCUCCCCAUGGCUUGCUCACUCUCUCACUUCCCACGUUCAGCCAAGUGUUACAUUACUAUGCAGUCCAAGGACAUUCACGGACGCUACGGACCUUUCUGUGAGAUUCAAUCCAUCUCUGCUCUGUAGACGGAGUGAACCUGUUUCUGGGCGUGGGGCAGGACCCCUUCCCUAACCGCCGACACCACUUUUCCCAGAUACUUUUUAGUGGUAUUCUCUCCCCAGCUCACUGUGUUGAAAACACCGCAUGCAAUCCUUGGUUGACCGUCUUCUCCUGCACAAAGCUGGCAUCAAGGGUGGGAGAGCUUUGGGGAAACGGUUCUUGAAGCCAGCCUCCCAAAGCUGAUGUCUCCAAACAGGCUUGCCUAAGAUGUCCCCAGUUCACACCCAGUGAGGCCAGAGAUUCGCAGUUCAGCAGGCCUAAAGAGCGCCAAGCGGGGAAAAGUUGCAUAAAGCUUAGUUUUCAUUCCCUCACUAGCAAUGUGAGAGGUACAGAAUGUUCCUCUUGUUCCAAAGCCAUGUGGGUCAAAAAUCUUUUUUUAAAUAAAGUACCUUUUGUUGGAUUUUCCUGCAGACUUAAAAUAUUUUCCUAAUUUUUUAAAAGGCCCUUGGCAUCAAUUUAAUUUAGUUACCAUAUUCGGAUCAGUGUCCACUUUCAUUGGUGGGUUGGACAGUUCCUAUCCAAAAGACUUCCUCUCUCUCCAAAAGCUAUUUCCUUACCUAAAUCAGCACUACUGAAGAAUUGGUAAAAUAGUUGAAUCCGGCUGGCUAGGAUCUAGUGGGUCCCAGCCUUGCUUGUUCCUUCCAGCAUGCUGUGGAAAACAGUCCAGGGGAACACUGCUAAUUCUGCCUCUCAAAAAAGGAGCAAGAGGAACAUAUUUUUCUAACUGUACCCCCCUUUCCAAAGUGAUUCGACACACUUUCUGAACAAGUUGUUCAGUGGAAAGAUGUUCUGCUGUUUCAAAAAGAGGAAGUGGUUUUCCCAUCUUGGUGCUUCAAGCCAAGAGUAGCGUAUUCUGUGUUUUCUUCCAGGAAUGCCCUGGGUCCAGGGCCGGGUAAACUGCGCCAGGCAGGGUGCCUGCCUUUUAGUUGGGCUACAAUAGCUGAACGCAGCUUUUAGUAGCAAGUAAGGUUUCUUCCCUCGCUUCUAGUUCCUCUGACCUGCGUGGUCUCUGGCAUCUGUUGCCUGGAGGGCAUUGAGCAGUAACCAUGUCUGUGCAGACGUAUUCCAAGCAUUCUUCCUUGCUUGUAAAAAAAAAAGAAAAAAAAAAGAUUACAGUAGGAAAACGCUGUUCACCAGGGAAUAACUUUGUGCUUGUGACUGAGGACUGGUAUAAACAUCUGAAAAGCGAGAUCUCGGGCACUCCCCUCCAACUGAGGGUCCUCCUGCUGGGCCCACUCGGUCGCCUGGAAGUGCAGGGCUGCAUAGAGGGGGCUGCGUUUUGGCCUUAUUCUUGGAACCCUGGAUGCCCUCGGGCACCCAACACACGAUUUUCAGCCUAGGGUCCAAGUAGAGGCCACUUUUCAAGCAUCUCCCCAGCUGUGAAGACUAGAAGCUUUAAAAGCGUUCCAGGAAAGCCAGUUCUGUCUCCUGCUGCUGCUUGUAUGCAAACACGUUGCAUCCUCCAACGUGGUCUGUCGUUUUUCCUCCACCUUUAGUGUUUUAGCCAGGAAGCAGCCAAAAUAGAAUGAAACAUGUCAGCCUAAUACUGGUUGUAACUUUUAUUUCCAUAUACAAUAUGAUAGGUAUAUAAAAUACAAAACAAUUGAGGCACUGUUGGUAGAGUUAAGCUAGCUAUCUUAAAGUUUGUUCUCUGAGAAACCCCAAAUGCUUGAUUGCUCAAAAUCUUGAAAAAUUGUGGUCGCGCUGCAUAAAGAGGUUCAUUUCACUUCAGGUAGACUUGCAACACCAUCGGUUAAAAAGGGAUGUUUUGUAUUUAUAAGGCAGGAUUGUCUGGUUAUAUGAUGACUUUGCUAUUUGCUUUUACAAAGGGAUCGGAAAUGUAACUGUAAAUAUUGCUAUA